GACUUCCGCCCCGGUAGCUGUCAGGGCCACAGGCUGGACUUCUCUCAGGAAUUCCGCGAGAAUCUGGAAAUCUGGAGGUCUACUAGGGAAGAGAGCGCGGGCAGAGUGGGAGCGGUCAGUGAUUGGUCAACAACAGCGCAGCGGGGACGCCGGAUUGGUCGGUCCCGGUGCCCCAGUUCCUGAGUCUCGGCGCGCCAUGGCGUCUGGUGGCUGGCGGUGGCUGCGCGGCCUGUGCACAGCGGGGCAGCCUUUAUUCCAAGGCCGUGCGCUGCUCGUCACCAAUACGCUGGGCUGCGGCGUGCUCAUGGUGGCCGGGGACGGCGCGCGCCAGUCCUGGGAGAUCCGCGCCCGGCCAGGCCAGAAGUUUGACCCGCGGCGCUCAGCGAGCAUGUUUGCGGUGGGCUGCACCAUGGGCCCCUUCCUGCACUACUGGUACCUCUGGCUGGACCACCUGCUCCCCGCAUCUGGCCUCCGCAGUCUUCCAAACAUCCUCAGGAAGGUCCUAGUCGACCAGCUGGUGGCCUCUCCCCUGCUGGGUGUCUGGUACUUUUUGGGCCUUGGCUGCCUAGAGGGCCAGACUCUGGACCAGAGCUGCCAGGAGCUGCGGGACAAGUUCUGGGAAUUCUACAAGGCUGACUGGUGCGUGUGGCCGGCAGCGCAGCUGGUGAACUUCCUCUUCGUGCCCCCCCAGUUCCGAGUCACCUACAUCAAUGGCCUGACACUGGGCUGGGACACGUACCUCUCCUACCUGAAGUACCGGGUGAACACAGUGGACAGAUCAGGCACCCAGGGGACUCCUCAGAAGCCACAAAUGUGAACCCCAAAAGGCACUACAGCUCCCCUCUAGGGUAAGGGCCUCCUGUGCCCUUGACAACUCACACUCUACGGUGAGUAGGCGGAGAGCUGAUCACAGCAGGAUGAAGACCGAGCCCCUUUCAGCUGUCUGAUGGGACGUUUGCCGGGUCCCUGCUGCGCCUUUCCAGCCAGGCUGACCUCAGCCCCCAGACAGGUGGAAGAGGGCUCCUCCUGGAGGGAUGAGUGCAGCACCUGACCAGAUCCUCUUGUGCGGACAGAUCCCAGGCCCCCUGACGCCCCCAGGCUGAGUGACCCUGGGCAAAGUACAUACUGGGCAACUCUAUCCCCCAACUAGAUGCCAAACAGGGCAAAAGUGACUUCUAGCUGACCACUCGCCUAGGCAGGAAGGUGAAGGGGCUCCUGUAGCAGUCCAAGCCAGGGUCCUGGGCCAAGUCCCAGCCCUACCCCAACUCCUGGGCAUCUUGACUGGGCUACCCCUUCCAAGCCCACUACCAGCCUCAAUUUCCUCAUCUGGAACACAGCCAUGAAGAUCAAUAGUCAUCCCUCAGCCCUUCUUACUGGGAGCCUCAGGGACCAGGAUGUCCCAUCCUUAGCACUGGGCCCUAGAACCAAGGUGGGGACAUCACCCAUCCUGUCAGAGCAGGGCCUGGCCUGGAGUUGGCUACCAGGAUCUGGAGGCUUAGGAAGGGCUGGGCAGCACCACUGUCAUGUUCUGGUCAUGCACUGUGGAAACUCCAUUAAAUUUUCUUGUCAUUGAAAACUUUGUGGACAACCACAGCCAGCGCUGGCAGGUGGCACGCACAAGAGCACAGCGUUGUCCAUUCGCUUUA